AUGGACACUCAUGAGACUCCUGACUGGUUUUAUCUUAUUAAACAAUUUUGAAAUCAUUAAUUUUUAAUUGGCCUGCUUGUGGCGUUAGAAAGCGAGUUUGUCUCCUGCCAGCUUCACCAGUGGAUUGAUCUGAUUUUUGGCUACAAGCAGCAAGGGCCAGAGGCUGUUAGGUCCCUGAAUGUAUUCUACUAUUUGACUUACGAAGGAGCUGUUAAUUUAAGUUCAAUAACGGAUUCCGUAUUGAGAGAGGCUGUUGAAGCUCAAAUACGAAGUUUUGGACAGACCCCUUCCCAACUGCUCAUAGAACCACAUCCUCCAAGAAGUUCUGCCAUGCAGGUGUAUCUCCUCCUGCAGAGUCCGUUGAUGUUCACAGACCAAGCUCAACAGGACGUUAUCAUGGUUCUAAAGUUCCCAUCCAACUCCCCUGUCACUCACGUAGCCGCCAACACCCAGCCUGGUCUGGCCACUCCUGCUGUGAUCACAGUUACUGCAAAUAGGCUAUUUGCUGUGAACAAGUGGCAUAAUCUUCCCGCUCAUCAAGGUGCUGUACAAGAGCAGUCUUACCAGCUGCCAGUGGAAAUCGAUCCUCUCAUAGCCAGCAAUACAGGUAUGCACAGAAGGCAAAUCACUGACCUUUUAGACCAGAGCAUCCAGGUACAUUCCCAGUGUUUUGUCAUCACCUCUGAUAAUCGUUACAUCUUGGUCUGUGGCUUCUGGGACAAGAGUUUCCGAGUUUACUCUACUGACUCAGGUAAACUGAUGCAAGUAAUAUUUGGACACUGGGAUGUUGUAACCUGUCUUGCUCGUUCUGAGUCCUAUAUUGGAGGAAACUGUUACAUUCUCUCAGGAUCGCGCGAUGCGACAUUGCUGCUCUGGUACUGGAAUGGCAAAACCAAUAUGGUUGGUGAUAAUCCAAGAGCCAGUGAUUUUGCAACUCCUCGAGCUAUUUUGACAGGACAUGACUAUGAGAUCACCUGUGCUACCAUUUGUGCUGAACUUGGCCUGGUAAUAAGUGGUUCAAAAGAAGGACCAUGUCUCAUACAUUCUAUGAAUGGAGAUCUACUGAGGACACUAGAAGGUCCUGAAACAUUAGAAGGUCCUGAAAACUGCCUGAGACCGAAACUUAUUCAAGCUUCAAGGGAAGGCCACUGUGUCAUAUAUUAUGAAAAUGGCCUAUUCUGUGUAUUCAGUGUGAAUGGGAGACUUCAAGCCACUAUGGAAACAGAUGACAAGAUAAAGGCAAUUCAGCUGAGCCGAGAUGGACAGUACCUGCUUACAGGUGGAGACAACGGAGUUGUCAUGGUAUGGCAGAUGUGGGACCUCAAGCAGCUUUUUGCUUACCCAGGGUGUGAUGCUGGAAUCCGAUCCAUGGCCCUGUCGUAUGACCAAAGGUGUAUAAUGACUGGCAUGGCAUCUGGGAGCAUCGUGGUUUUCUACAACGAUUUCAAUCGCUGGCACCAUGAGUAUCAAACCAGAUACUGAUCUCCACAGACCCCAGGGUUAGCACUGACACGGGCAGCUGUCGUCAGAAGGAAACUGAACACUGCCCGUCUCCCUUGGUGUCUUGCCAUGACGUCGUUUCUUAUAAAUAGCUAUAUUACAUCUGAAUGUAACUUAAAUUUGCUGGAAGAAACAACCUAUUUUUUAAAGUUAAUUGCUAUUUUUGUAGACCUUGCUUGACUUUUUUCGGGGAAGGGCAAAGAAGCAGAAAAAUGGCUGCUGGGUUCUGUAGUUAAAAAUCUAUAUUUUUAGUCAUAUUGAGAAGUCUAUUUUGAUCCCUGUAUGUAAAAGAAACCUAAAGUAAAGACGGUUAA